CCCCAGUCUGACAUAUUGCAAGGACAAACGCACAUCAGAGCUGAAAUGUCCCUGCAGGGAAAAAGUACUGACACCUUCAAACUGGACCUCUCGUCCCUUUGCACCAGAUUGAAAAGCAUGUGAGGAACCAAAAUGGAUGACUUGGAUCACAGCAUGCACAUUGCAGAGUUCGACUGGACCAGCUUCUACGAUGAGAGUGAGGAGUGCGGUCUGCUGCAGCCUUCGCUCGCCUGCCCUGACAACUCGAGCCUCAGCGACUCGGAGGAUUCAGAAAGCUCAGGGUCAGUCUUCAGCACAGGCCGGCAGGAGAUCCAGCAGAGCCCCGGUGUGGACAGCGAUGGAGCUGCGGGACGCAGCACAGGAGAGGAGGGCUGCGUAAAGUUAUGGAUGAAGCUGGAUGAGAGCGGUACAGGAGGAGAACCAGCUGAAGGGGGCAGUGUGACACAGGUGGACUAUGACUGUCCUGCAAGGAGUACCCUCAGCACAGAACAUGUGUGCAUGAAGACCACAGAGGACAUCACAGAGGAGACAAAGAACAACAUUGGAAACACACUGCAGACUGAAAAAAUACAUGAUCAGUGUUCAGGAGUUUCUACGGAGCUGAAAAAAGACGACAAAGAUGUGCAAACAGAUACAGAUAACCCCAGAAGUGAACCCGAUCCAGUGUUUCCAGAUGUGAAUGAGCCUCAAAGCACAGACAAAGCUGUGGGCAACGUCGCUCCCAGAGCAGAGAAGGAGCGCUGGUUUGUGACAGUGAAUUACAGUCCUGCAAGACAGCGGCUCAGAGCCACCUCUGUGAAAAAAAAACGAAGACAAAAAAAAGUUUGUAAACACAGUCAGGCGUACAGCCACGGGCAGGAGAAAUCACCCGAGGAUGGACUGGAGUUAGAGAUAAACAAUGAUAUAAAUGAAUCCGAGACAGGGAGGGACAUGGACUUGGUUCAAGACUCAGGAGGGCAACAAAUUGCUGAAAUAAAUCCCGAGAGCGCCUCAGAUUCAGUGCAGGCUUUUUGUGAAGAAGACAAUGUGUCAGAAAAGCUGCUCAUCUCUCUCUCUUCCCCCAAAGAAAGUAUCAACGGGCCAAGGAGGGACAGAGACAAACAUGAACCCGGCAGCUCAGCAUCCACAUCACAGGACACAUCCACACCCACAGACCCAUUCAAACCACUGGAGAGUGCGGACUCGGACGAGUUUGAAGACGGUGUCGAGUCCUUCUCCGUUCACAGUUACGACUCUGAGAUCUAUUUGUCCGCCGCUGAAUCAGUGGAGGAGACUCAACCUGUGGAUCUGAGACAGCUGCAGUGCUCGGUGUCUCUGUCUCUGCAGGCUGAGAGCUCCGACGCUGACAGUGCACAGGUCAGACAAAUGCAUCCUUGUGGUAGCGCUCUGCGCCGCGACUGUGCAGGUUAUGAGCGCACCGGUGUUGAGUCUACACAGACAUGUGCUCCACUUGCUGGCCAGAGAGCCGACAACAUGCCAGAUGACCUCUCCGGAUGUGAUAACAACACACACAGCACGGACACACCUGCAGCCCAAAUACACAAAAUGAAUCUUUCAGCAUCUGGUUGCUCUUCAGGAGAUCAGUUCAGUCCUGACCCGGUUCCUGAUUUAACCGUAACACCUGUGGCUGACAGCCCCGAAGCAUACGCCGAAGCUGCGGGUCACACUCGACCCGUGUACGCCAUUUCUGCCUUCUGGGACGAAAUGGAAAAACUGACCAUAAAUGACAUUUUGCAGCUGAGGACGUGCAGAAGCACACCUCUCGGGGACACGCAAGACAAAGUCACGGCAAAUGUAGAUGAAUCUCCAAUAAGUCACGGCUCCCUGGUGGACACCGCGGAGUAUAAUUUGUCUGAUGGUGGUCUCAUGGAUGCGUCGGACACCGCUGACUCAGACUAUUUCACGCAGACGGACGAAUCCAAGCCAGAUCGCUCAAGCUGCGAGUUUUCCACCUCGGAUUUUGAGGAGGACUACUGGCAAUUCAUUGGCGCCAGCAGGAACGCGAGUCCUGAUCCUCACAGCAAAAACCCACAGAGGACAUGUGACUCCACUUUUUCAUCACCUGAGGAGGAGGAAUCCACCAGCUCUGAAGGCAGAGAGACACCUGUGCCUCUGGAGGACUUUGCAGGACAGUGUUUUGAGGAUCAGGAGGCGCGUACUUUGAGCAAACUCCAAGACAGACAGAUGACAAAAAGCAAAAGCGUGCGCGACGUACAAGCUCUCAACAAGGAGGAUUUAACUUUACCAUUUGGUAACGAGGAGAGCGGCUCAGACGCACUGGAUGAACAUUAUCACUUAUGUAAGUACUUUCUCACAGAGGAUAAAGCAAAGAAUGACCCCAGGUUCGUCGCUGCCGUCCAUGAUCCAGAGGACAUCUCGAUGGCUCCUGUGCUUGACUACACUCUUUGUACAUUCAGGGAUGAAAUCUCACUCCCGUAUCUCCACGACUCCCAGUGCAGAGGGGAGAAACCCAUCCCGAUCUUCUCUUGUUCUCAUCCUACCGUCAGAGAACUCGCAUUCCCAAAAUCGGACAAUGUUUUCAUGGGGGCAGCCUGCAAAGCGUCGGCGGAGGUGGAAGUGGACCUCCUGUCUCCAAUCAGAGUCUUGUCUUGCUCUUUCAUCCAGGCCAAUAAAUGUGGGGCACCUGCAGGCGGCUCUCGCGGUUUUGGAAGUUUGCUGUCAAUGAGGAAGAUUCGCCUCCACGACAAAGGAAGCAUCUGGCACCGAGGGUCCGGCGCCUGGGUGUUUCCAGCUGAGGCCGUCAAGACGGAGAGAAAGGAUCCAGCAGUCACUGCGCUCAGUGAGGAAAGAGUCUGUUCAGCGUCUCCUUCUCGGCUGUUCAGAGAGCUAGAAGUUCAGCAAAGCACUUUGGAAACUAUGCAGACAACAAGACGAGAGGACAUCUUCUCUACGCUGCAGCAGUCAGAUAUGUGUUUAGUCUGCAUUGCCUUUGCCUCCUGGGUGCUGAGAUCUUCUGAUCCAGAGGCUGCUGAUGCCUGGAAAGCAGCUCUGCUAGCAAAUGUGAGUGCACUAUCAGCUAUACAGUAUCUGCGGCAGUAUGUGAAGAAGAGGAGUCCUCCUCGAGAAGAUCCCUGAUACAUCAUGUACACACAAGAGAAGUCAUUUCCAUUUCGCCUGGGUCCAUCUAUAAAAAUACAGCCACUGUGUGUGUGUAUAAUAAAUCUGCUAUAUAUCUACUGUCUUAGUGAAUGCAUUGGUUUCCAAGUUACAAUACAGCACGUAAAGGUAAAAGUUAGUGAGCCUGAAACUGGUUGGAUUGAUGUUGAUCUGAUGUGCAAUAAUUAUAAUUAAAAUGAGAGUGAAAAAUAAAUAUUAGAAAAAAGUAAUAAAUUAUUAAGUUUAAGAGAUGGAAAGGUAUAAAUAUAUAUAUAUAUAAAUAUUAAAAUGUUAUUCAAUGUACAUAUAUUAUGUAUGUACGUUUGUUAUAAUUUGAAAGAAGACUGCGUUUUUUUGUGCCACAGACAGACGAGGGAACAAACUGUUGGGAACAAACUGUUGGUUUUGGUCUAGAAUAUUUCAGCUGCAUUUUAAACCUUUAAUGACUUUGGUUUAUCAGUUUGGCGUAAGCUGAUGUUGAUGUGUGGACCAUAAUGUAAGCUCACAGAAGCUCAUUGUUUUUAACACGUGUCAUUUUGUGAAUGUUGCCUUGUGCCUCAAACAUGGAUUUGUAUGUUGCACAGCUGCAGUAAACUGUAACAGCAGCUUGUAGGUUUUUGAUGAAGUGUAUGUGAAGGUGUCUUUGUAGAGGAUGAAAAGGGGGAUAAAAGCCUGAAAGAAAGUCAUGAUGUAGAUACUGGUCCGGUUUGUACAUAUUGUAUGUUGUAAGAAAAAAUUGAACAGGUGACUGAGCUGUUUGUGAUCGGAAAGCCUUGUUUAAAACAGUGGUUCCUUUUUUUGAUUUCUGUCACUUUAAAUCAAAGCCUAUUCCUACUUGUGACCCGUCAUCACAGGCUGUGUGAGGUGUAAGAAGUUCAGCGUCAGAUCCGAAAAAGUAAAACUACACAGGUAUUAAAAUGUAAGGAAAACAAUUUCCAUUGUAUUAACGUUAAAUUAUUAGUUGUUGUCAGUGUAAUUAUCGUGAGAACACUUCAUAUCGAUUGUCAACC